AUGGCGCAGACUUUGAUCACAGACGUCGACAAGUCUGCGUUGGUGGAUAUUUUCGUCUGGAUAUUCUUGGUCACCGCCAUCCUCGCAGUUAUCGCUCAGACGUCCACAAAAGUCGUGAUUCGGAGACUUCUGACCGCUGAAGACUAUUUGAUUCUGGUGUCUUUGAUAUUUGCUAUCGGACAAUCCAUUGCCGUUGGAAUCCAGAACCAGAACGGGUGGGGGAAUGAUUCUAUGGACCGUCGCAUCUGUUUUCGUGGUUGGCUUCCAAUGCAGUUUGCCCCGGCCUUGGGACUAUGUCAACAACGGGUGUAUAAGAAGGUUGUCCUGAUGCUGGUCAUCACAUCUCAGAUUCAAACCUCGACUCGUCGCAGAAUUACCAUUGCAUCGGUCUUUGCAGCCCGUUUAUUGGUUGUAACAGCGGUAGCCUUCCAGCUCUACUUCCUCAACCGGGUUCAAACCACCAGAAACGCGACAUUUGAUUACUGGCCCAUGUCCAUCUGCAACCAGGCCGUCUUGUCACUUGCGGUGGUCACAGCUUGUAUACCGUUCCUCAAGCCGUUCAUGGACAGCCUAGAAUCGGGUUUACUUCGUGCGGAUGACCAGUAUCGUCGAUCUGGUAAGGGAACAUACCGCUACAAUUUGUCUGGCUCCAAAUCAUCGGGCAGAAGGGCAGGGCGCAAAGAAACUGAUGAAUUUAAUGAAUUGGGCGUGCUGAGUUCAAAACGUAGCCGUGCAUACAACGGUCACGGAUCGCAGGUCGAAAGCGGUGUCGCCGACUGGGAAUCGAACAGCCAGUCGAGUCACUCCCGGAUAAUCAAGGAGACACGAACCUUUGCAGUUGACGUCGAAUUAUAUACCCUCUUGAGCUUUCGGUUAACCAGCAGUCGAGCUGUCUCUCUCUGCACCCGUUUUCGAAAAAAAGUAGUCAAGAAAAAGGUAGUCAAAAAGCCUUUUGGUAUUUCUCGUCGGUGCAAGGGUACUGAGGGUCCUAUUGAGCCCGCGAUAUCCGAAUCCCUGCAUCUGGACUUCGCGCAACCUAAAAUAUCCGGGGAGGUUGACCUGUCGAGAACGGGUUCUGGAUGCUCGUCCAAGGACAUUCAUAUGCAUAAUACAAAAGGAUAUCGUCAAGGAUUAUCAAGAGCAACAUUAUUUUUUAUUCCUCGGACACCGUCAAGCGAGGAUUCACAUGCAGCUUUUCGCCCGUGGGGACGAAACCCAGGACCAAACCUUGCGGCAGUUUCAUCUCAGACCCUCGCCGGAAGCACUCCCCGGGCCCCCUUGCCGUGGCGAGGUUUGUCUCUUCAAAGUCCUCCCCAUCGUCAAAAGUCCAAAGCCGCUCAGGCCAACCGGGCAUUUUCUCGCGAAGGGAUUGCAUACGAACACGAACCGGGAAGACAAGCCUGGAUAUGCCUUAUACGGAAGACUGGAGCGCAGCAUCUAGCCGCUCUUAACAUCCCAACCCUAGUUCCGGUAAUUGUCCGGAAGACCAAGCGGAGCAGCGUGAUAUAUCUCGCGACCAUCGUUCAGAAGAAGACUACCCUGGAGCCCGAUUGA